AUGAUUAUUUGCAUAUUAAUAUUAUUUGUUUCACUUACUAAUUCACAAAUUACUACUCAAGAAUUAGAAGAUGAGAAUGCACAAGAAAUAGCUAAUAGAACUUACGUUGAAGAACAAACAGAAUUGCAACGUACUAUUUUAAAUAAGUAUGACAAGCGUUUACGUCCUAUUGUGAAUGCUUCUGAACCAUUAGACGUUUCAGUCCACGUCUACAUUAUGCAUAUUUCUGUAAAUCAAAUAGAGCAAACAGUUACAUUGAAUGGACAUAUAUAUAUGACGUGGAGAGAUGAAUACGCUGUUUGGGAGCCUAGCGAGCAUAAUGGCGUUCGAAUAACAAUGGUCAAGCAAUGGGAAAUAUGGACACCAGAAUUAAAAAUCACAAAUAGUGUUUCUGGUGUAGGACAGUUUUUUGAAAUUUCAAAACGAUCACAUGUGAUUAUCCACUCAAAUGGUAAAGCUUGGAGUAGAAUUGAAAUUUAUCCGACAUUUUCAAUCAAAGUUGGCUGUGCAUUUGAUUUUUCUGCUUAUCCUUUUGAUAUUCAAACUUGUCCACUUGGUAUUUAUACAAGUAAUCGGAUGAGCGAAGUCCAACUUUCUGUUUAUCACAAUAUGGAACCUACUGUUUUGCUUGGUUGGGGGGCGCAAUCAGAUAAAAAACAUAUUAGUGAUUGGAAAAUUGAUUCAAUUACUGCAAAUAUUAGCUAUUUUAGCGGAGGUAAAUACAAGAAUAAACGACCUGUUGAUGCUGAAGAGUUAGAUAUAACCUGGUCUGUUCUCUACACAUGGCUGACUUUACAUCGAAAUGUGUUUUGUUUCCCACUUGCAAUGCUCUUACCAAUUUUGAUCUCUUAUAUGCUUGUUAUGUCUUCAUUCCUUUUGCCAACUCCAGAUUUUGCUAUUUAUAUAUUACUUGCUAAUUUAUUCUUUAUGGGAAUAUUUCUCGAAGAUGUAAUAGUAUUGAUUCCCCCAGCUAUUGGGAAAUCACCGAAAAUUGGUAAUUUUUCUUGCAAACAAAAAUAA